UGCGCCUGCAUAGCAUCUUUAACCGCUUAUAUUUGCCGCUUUAAUUUUCUUGUGUAGGCUUCCACACUUGUACACUAUUAUAGUGUAUCCUUCAGUUGUAAAAUUUCCCCCCCAAAAAUUGAAACCCUAAAACCCUGAUUACUGUAAACUUUCUGGGUUGCUGCUCGAAUUCCAGCAAAUGGGUCGUUCUCGCGCCGCCUCUCAUGCCGCCCCGGAUGAUCCCGGACAGAGUCGCUCAAAGAGAAAACGAGGAGCUCAAAAUGUGGAGAAUACGGAGAGUGCGCCUCCUGAAGUUCCAGGAAUAACUGAUGGAAAAAAGGCGUUAUACCAUUGUAACUACUGCAACAAAGAUAUUUCAGGAAAGAUCCGCAUCAAGUGUGUAGUCUGUUCGGAUUUUGACCUCUGUGUUGAAUGCUUUUCCGUUGGAGCUGAGGUCCAUCCUCACAAAAGCAAUCAUCCUUAUAGAGUCAUGGACAACCUGGCAUUUCCUCUUAUAUGUCCUGACUGGAAUGCUGAUGAGGAGAUGUUACUUCUGGAGGGAAUUGAAAUGUAUGGAUUCGGAAAUUGGAAUGAAGUAGCAGAACAUGUUGGAACAAAAAGUAAAUCGCAAUGUAUUGAUCAUUAUGACAAGAUAUAUAUGAAGUCCCCAUGCUUCCCUCUUCCGGACAUGUCUCAUGUGAUGGGAAAGAACAGAGAGGAACUCCUUGCUAUGGCCAAAGAACAAAAUGAAACCAAGAAAGGAGCUACUACUUCUGGAGAAGGUGAUGGGAAAGAAGAGUCCUCCUUUUCUGCAGGAGUCAAGGUGGAAGACCAAAGAAAAGAUGGCCAAGCAGGACGUUCCUCCUCAAGUAUCUCUUCUGAGGUAGACACCGUUGGAGGUACUCGCUGUGGUAAAAUCUCUACAGGAGGUAGUCAAAGGAUAUCAAGCAAAGUCCCAAGCAAUGAUGGUCCAGAUGCCAUUAAAGUAGAAGAGUUCCAUGCUGACAGGAGUGUUGGAGAGAAAAAACCUAGGGCAUCAGGCGACGAGGGGGUUUCAAUGAAAGAACUGAGUGGAUAUAAUUCUAAGAGGCAAGAGUUUGAAAUUGAGUAUGACAAUGAUGCUGAGCAGCUACUAGCUGACAUGGAGUUCAAGGAGACAGAUACUGAUGCUGAACGUGAAUUGAAACUUCGCGUUUUGCAUAUUUACUCAAAACGGCUUGAUGAAAGAAAACGGAGGAAAGAUUUCAUUUUGGAAAGAAAUUUGCUAUAUCCCGACCCUUUUGAAAAGGACCUUACCUCGGAAGAGAAGGAAUUGUGUAAUCGGUACAGGGUGUUUAUGCGAUUUCACUCUAAAGAGGAACAUGAUGAAUUGUUGAGGAGUAUUGUUGAGGAGCAGCGAAUUUUGAAAAGAAUACAAGACCUUCAGGAAGCUCGAGCUGCUGGCUGCCGCACGUCUGCUGAGGCUGAGAGGUACAUUGAGCAGAAGAUGAAGAGGGAAAUCGAGGAAAAUGCCCGUCGAGUGAAGGAAAGUUCGCAGGCCGGUCCCAGUGGCAAAUAUUUGCAAAGAAUGAAUCACCAUAAAGGAGAACAAGAUAGCAGCCCGAGGGGAGGUAACAACAGUCCAUCUGUAUUAGAUCCUGGUGGAAAGGACUCUUCAACAAACACUAGAGGCCUUAAUGGUUCAGACCCCUUGGAUAAUUGGGAUGUCAGUGGAUUUCUCGGAGCAGAUAUGCUCUCCGAAGCUGAGAAACAACUAUGUGGGGAGAUGAGAAUCCUACCAACACAUUACCUCAACAUGCUGCAAACCAUGUCUAUUGGAAUUCUAAAUGGAAACGUAACUAAGAAAUCUGAUGCACAUGGGCUGUUCAAUGUUGAUCCAGUCAAGGUUGACAAAGUGUAUGAUAUGCUGAUAAGAAAGGGGAUAGCUCAAACAUGAGCUGCAUCCGUUUAUCCUUCAAGAUGAGGUUCCAACCAUGUUUUAUUUGCCAAAAACAAGACGCAGAUUGCCUUUGCCUGCUGAUAUAAGUUAUUGAUAGAAUAGUUUCAUGUAGCAAUGCGAUGUACAUAAUAACUGCACAGGUUGUCAUUUACUUAGUUGUGAAUUUUAGGAUGUGGUCAACUGGAAAGAGCCUAGAUGCUGUUCAAGAUUCUCUCGGUGACUACAUUUGUUUUGUGAUUGAUUAUUUUUUGAAAAA